AAAAAGGAUAGGAAAAGUGUAGAAACAGGCAAUUCACAGAAUGGUUGCAAUGGCAGCAAUCUCAAGAGCAACAGGUCAAAUGAACAUCUCUUCCAGCCAGCACAACUCUAUCAGAAAUGGGCCCCGCAUGACGCAAUCAGCAGGCUUGACGAAAUUUGCAGACUCAAACCAAUUGAGGAUACCCAGCAAGUGCCUGCGCCCGAGGCGUGCGCGACUUAUCAGAGGGCCAUCGGGGCCGACCAAUGCAGUCCUUGCAACCGACAAGCCCGCACCAGCUCCCCCUUUCUUGGAGACCAAUGGAUCUGGCCGCAGGGUCAUGAUCAUUGGCGGGGACGGCUACUGCGGCUGGGCGACGGCGCUGCACCUGUCAGCGCGCGGGUACGCGGUGAGCAUUGUGGACAACCUGUGCCGCCGCACCUUUGACCUGCAGCUGGGCCUGGACACCCUCACCCCCAUCGCGUCCGCCCACGCGCGCGUCAAGAGGUGGGGCGAGAUCUCGGGGAAGCACAUCGAUCUGCAGGUGGGCGACAUCUGCGACUUUGAGUUCUUCUCGGAGGCCUUCAAUGCGUUCCAGCCGGACGCGGUGGUGCACUUUGGCGAGCAGCGGUCGGCGCCCUACUCUAUGAUCGACCGCAACCGCGCCGUCUUCACGCAGCACAACAACGUCAUCGGCACCAUCAACGUUCUCUUCGCCAUCAAGGAAUUCAAGCCGGACUGCCACCUGGUGAAGUUGGGGACGAUGGGCGAGUAUGGCACGCCCAACAUUGACAUUGAGGAGGGCUACAUCACCAUCACCCACAACGGCCGCACCGACACCCUCCCCUACCCCAAGCAGGGCGGCAGCUUCUACCACCUGAGCAAGGUGCAUGACUCGCACAACAUCCACUUUGCCUGCCGCGCCUGGAAAAUCGCCGCCACCGACCUCAACCAGGGCGUGGUGUACGGCGUGGCGACUGAGGAGACGACCGCGGAUCCGCUGCUGAUAAACCGCUACGACUACGACGGCAUCUUUGGCACCGCGCUCAACCGCUUUGUGGUGCAGGCCGCCGUGGGCCACCCGCUCACCGUGUAUGGCAAGGGCGGCCAGACGCGCGGCUACCUCGACAUCCGCGACACCGUGCAAUGCAUCCAGCUGGCGAUUGACAAUCCUGCCCCCAACGGGGAGAUGCGCGUGUACAACCAGUUCACGGAGCAGUUCUCGGUCAACGAACUGGCCGCCAUCAUCCAGCGCGAGGGCGCCAAGCUCGGCCUCGACGUCACGGUGAAGAACGUGCCCAACCCGCGCGUGGAGGCAGAGGAGCACUACUACAACGCCAAGCGCACCAAGCUGGUCGACCUGGGCCUGCAACCCCACUUCCUCUCCGACAACCUCGUCGACUCCCUCCUCAACUUCGCCAUCCAGUACAAGGACCGCAUCGACCUGGACCUAAUCAAGCCGGCGGUGGACUGGCGCAAGACGCCAGUCACGUCCGGAACCAUGAAAGCGGCCGUUGCGGAGAAGUGAUGAUCCUUCCGAAGUCAUGCAUGGACAAUGAUGCAAUUUUCUGACGAUCUUGAGGCGAGGCAAUGCACAUUGACUGGCGGUACUGAUCCGCCUGUAACUUUUUCCCAUCAAGGAUUUUUUUUGUGUCUGCAAGUGUGCGGGCAGCUGUUCAGUGAAGGGGCGAAGGCUCACCCCAUGCACAUCAUGGUGCGCUGCAGUUUGCUGUGUGGUUCAGUGUUUUAUGACUGUGCAGGAGCGAUUGCUAAGCCUUUUGAACAUUGUUUUGCGGGAGCAUGAUUGGUUGUAUACCUCCAGUUGCAAUUGCGUAGGUGGUCUGCAUCUCAUCAUGUGGAAUUUGUCAGGGUUUUCUCGGUUUUCAGCCAUUCUGUGAAGCGAUAGAGCAAUGAAAUGUGUGCAUAAGGAAGUUGGACAAAAAUCGUUGGCAUUUCUUAACUUUCUUCAUUAACAGAAGUGAGAAUAU